AUGACAAUCCCCAACACAGCUCAACACAGCCCGGCACAGCCCGGCACAGCCCGGCACAGACCGACGCAGCCCAACACAGCACAGCCCGGCACAGCCCAGCCCGACACAGCCCGGCACAGCCCAGCCCGACACAGCCCGGCACAGCCCAGCCCGACACAGCCCGGCACAGCCCGGCACAGCCCGGCACAGUCUGGCACAGCCCGACACAGCCUGAUACAGCCCGGCACCUCCCCUACCGCCUCCACCUCCUCCACCUGCUCCACCGCCUCCACCUCCUCCACCUGCUCCACCGCCUCCACCUAUUCCACCUCCUCCACCGUGUCCACCUCCUCCAUUGCCUCCACCUCCUCCACCGCCUCCACUGUUCCACGAGACACAGCGACUCUUUAUCAUUUACCGCAGGAAGUCAAUUAUAGCAUUAAACUUGUCAGAACCGGCUCAGGAGGCCAGAAACAGCAGGAGGAAACAGAGGAGGAGCCAGAGGAGGAGGGAGCAGAGGAGGAACCAGAGGAGGAGGGAGCAGAGGAGGAGCCAGAAGAGGAGGAGCCAGAGGAGGUGACAGAAGAGGCGGGAGCAGAGGAGGUGUCAGAAGAGGAGGGAGCAGAGGAGGAGCCAGAAGAGGAGGGAGCAGAGGAGGAGCCAGAGGAGGUGUCAGAAGAGGAGGUGCCAGAGGAGGAGGGAGCAGAGGAGGAGCCAGAAAAGGAGGGAGCAGAGGAGGAGCCAGAGGAGGAGGAGCCAGAGGAGGAGGGAGCAGAGGAGGAGCCAGAAGAGGAGGGGCCAGAAGAGGAGGGAGCAGAGGGGGAGCCAGAAGAGGAGGAGCCAGAGGAGGAGCCAGAAGAGGAGGAGCCAGAGGAGGGAGCAGAGGAGGUGUCAGAAGAGGAGGGAGCAGAGGAGGAGCCAGAAGAGGAGCCAGAAGAGGAGGAAGCAGAGGAGGAGCCAGAAAAGGAGGGAGCAGAGGAAGGGCCAGAAGAGGAGGGAGCAGAGGAGGUGCCAGAAGAGGAGGGAGCAGAGGAGGAGCCAGAAGAGGAGGAGCCAGAGGAGGAUCCAGAAGAGGAGGAGCCAGAAGAGGUGGAGCCAGAAGAGGAGGAGCCAGAGGAGGAUCCAGAAGAGGAGGGAGCAGAGGAGGUGUCAGAAGAGGAGGGAGCAGAGGAGGUGUCGCCAGAGGAGGAGCCAGAAGAGGAGGGAGCAGAGGAGGAGCCAGAAGAGGAGCCAUAA